GUUCAAAACUUUAAAUUUCAAUUCCUUUAAAAAACGUGAAUAAACCAAACUUCAAUUGACACAAACAAAAAAUGUUGAUUAACAAAUUGUUAAAAAUCUUUAUCAUAGUAUUUUCGAUGUUUAUCAGAGGAGCUUGUAAACCUGAAGCAGAUGUAAUAUGCGAAGGAAAUUCAAAGGUAAUAACAUGUCCAGAAAACUCAUUGAUUCAAAUUGAAAGUGCAUUUUAUGGUCGUUUUAACAAUGAAACAUGUCCAACCGAAAUAAGUUCAGAUUUAAACCCAUGCAACUCAUCAAAUGUCACAGCUGGUGUUCAAAAGUUGUGUAAUGGAAAUAACAGUUGUUUAAUUGUUUCUGAUAAUUCUAAGUUUGGACUCGAUCCAUGUCAGCGAACCAGGAAGUACACUAUAGUUAAUUAUACAUGUUUUUUACAACAUUCAAUAUUUGUUCCAGAAAUCGUAAAUAAUUACACUAGCACAAUUUUAAAGGACUUUUAUGAUGAAUUUGUAAUAUCAUUUGUUAUCUUAUCAAAUGGCAAUUCAACCUCAUCAAUUAUAGCUAUUUUGGAUAAUAAUAGGGAUGUGUUAAAGUUUGAUAUUUUUGAUGGUCUUUUAAAUAUUGUUACAUCCAAUCAUAUUUUUCAAAUCAAAAUAACAACUAAUACAUGGAGUUCAAUUGUAGUUUCUCAAUAUUUUGUUAAUGAAAACAGUACUUAUUCUAUUACUGUUGCUGUUGAUGGAACUGUUGAAUUUUACAAUGAUAGUAUUCAACCAAUGAUAUACUCUAAUAGUAUUUUGUAUACCUUUGUUGAUUGCUGUUUGAAAUCUUCUUGUGAUUAUGCAUCAAUUAAAAAUUUAUCAGUAUACAGUAAUACACAAGUUAUAUGGUCUGAUUGGAGUAAGUGGUCACAGUUCAAACAAUCUUGUAUUAUAACUAGAACUCGUAACUGCAGCAAUAAUCAAUGGGUAUAUUGCAUUGGAGAUAGUAUUGAGAAUACAAGUUUUUGUAAAGAUUACGUUCACAUAAAAAAUGAGUUUAAUCCGGAAAAGGAUACAAUAAUUGGGAUUUUAAAUAUUUUAAGAAAGGAAUACAUUGUUUCUUUUAAUGUGAAGCCUUUUGAAUACAAGUCUGGAUUUAAAAAUAUUCUUCAUAUAACCUUGGGUAAUAAUAUGAAUGUUUAUGGCGAUAGAAAUCCUGGUGUAUGGUUUCUUAAUGAUGCUUCUGGAAAGCUUCGUAUUCAUACUGCAUUAAGUAAUGAUUCACGUUAUUAUUUUGACACAAGUACAAAGCUUAUUACAAAUAAAUGGUCAAAUAUAAAAAUCUAUCAAAAAUUGCACAAUGGUAGUUAUUGGUUUUUCGUUGAUCUAAAUGGAAACAAUAUUCAUGCUAUUCAAAAUUUGAAUGCAACCGAUUUUGUAAAUAUGAAAGUUUAUGUUUCCGAUCCUUGGUUUGAUGCACAAAAUUGUUCUAUGUCUGACCUACUUAUUAUUAAUGCAGAUGCUGUUUGGGAACAAUGGAGCACAUGGUCAAGUUGUAAUCAUAUUAAUGGAUAUAGAUUUAUGAACAGAACUAGAAAAUGUAGAUUGAUAAAUGCUACCGAUUUUUGUAUUGGUAACAGCACUGAUAUAAUGGAGUGUUUUGAUGAACAAAAUUUUGAAGUUUUAUGGUCACAAUGGAGUGAGUGGUCUCUGUGCGAUGCAUCUUGCAUCAUAACUAGAACUCGUAAUUGUAGCAACUAUCAAUUCUUUAACUGCUCUGGAAACUUUACUGAGGUUAAGUUAUGUGAAUUAUAUCAAGCUUCUUGGGCACAAUGGAACAAUUGGAUGAGUUGUAAUGAUUCAUAUAAGUUUGUCAAGAGAACAAGGGAAUGUAACAAUUUAACUACUUGUGAUCAGUGUUACGGUAUCAGUUCUGAGGUGAUAGAAAGUUCAGCUGUUUGGUCGCAAUGGAGUGAUUGGUCACGUUAUAAUGAUUUUUAUGGAUAUUUUAUGAAUAGAACAAGGGAGUGUAACAUUUUAAAAUAUCGAACUUUAUUAAUGGAAAAAGAAACUUUACUGUCAAAAGGAAAAUUGGUUGCUACUUCAAUAAAGUUUUAUAAAGAACACGUAGUGUAUUUUGAAAUCAAACCAACAGCUUUUAAUCAAUCUUUUGAAAAGAAAAAUAUUAUAAGUUUAACUAAUGGUACAGAUACAUGCAAAAGAUGUCAAGUUCUAUCAGUUUUUAUCAAUCAAGAUAAUGGAACUUUGCUAAUUCUUUUUGACUUAAAUAAAACUAUUUUUAAUAUAACAACAAAACCUAUUCAACAAGAACACUGGUCUUCAAUUGAAGUAUCACAAAUUUUUUCAGAAAGAAAAUACAUAUUCUCAAUUGAACUUAAUCGUCAAAAAAUUGUAAGUUUGACAAACCAACAUGCAAGAGAAUUUUCAAAUGUUACAGUUUUUGUUUCAGAUACAGUUAAUGAUGUGCAAACUGGAUAUAUUAGAAAUCUUAUAAUAAAAAACUACAAUCCAGAUUAUGUGCAAACUAGUAAUUGGUCUGAUUUUAUUGCUUCCAAUGGAGUUACAAAUAAAACAGUUGAGUGUAUGAACAUGUGUUCUGGAUAUAACUUAGAAUUCGUAUUUUGGACAUCAUGGAGCAGUUGGUCGAUUUGUAAUGAUACAUAUGGAUUCAAGAACAGAUCAAGAAAUUGUAAUGUGUCAAAUUCAAUAAAUCAGUGUGAUGGUCACAACUUUGAUAUAAUGGAAUGUUAUGUCAUUUGGUCACAAUGGAGCAUUUGGUCAAAUUGUAAUGGUACUUAUGGAUUUAUAAAUAGAACAAGGGAGUGCAAUGUUUCUCAUUCUGCGGAUCAGUGUAAUGGUCGUAACAUCGAAGUAAAAGAAUGUUUUGGUUUUUGGACAUCAUGGAGCAAUUGGUCGAUUUGUAAUGAUACAUAUGGAUUUAAGAACAGAUCAAGAAGUUGUAAUGUGUCUAAUUCAAUAAACCAGUGUGAUGGUCUCAACUUUGACAUAAUGGAAUGUCAUGUCAUUUGGUCACAAUGGAGCACUUGGUCAAGUUGUAAUGGUACUUAUGGAUUUGUGAGCAAAACAAGGGAUUGCAAUGUUUCUCAUUCUGAGGAUCAGUGUAAUGGUCGUAACAUCGAAGUAAAAGAAUGUAUUGAAAAAUGGACAACGUGGAGUGAAUGUUCUGGCACAUGUGGAAUAGCCAAUAGAAGUAGAUUUUCAUUACAAUCAACAUACUCAAAAGUAAUGGUGGAAAGUUGUUCUCUCAUUAAUUGCCCAGAGGAUGGAAUGUGGGGAAAGUGGGAGAAUUCAAAAUGUUCGAAAACAUGUGGUAGUGGAAUUGUAGUUUAUAACAGAAGUUGUAAUAAUCCACGUCCAUCAUUCAAUGGUAAAAAUUGUUUGGGUGUCAGCAGUUAUACUGAAGUCUGUAAUGAGGAUAUUAUUUGUCCAGUAAACGGUAAUUGGUCAAUGUGGUCUUCUUGGUCAUUAUGUAGUCAGCCAUGUGGUGGUGGUGUAAAAUCAAGAUUUCGUAGCUGUUCAAGUCCUAUGCCACGUUUUGGUGGUUGGGAUUGCAUUGGAAGUGUUAAAGACUUAGAAUAUUGUACUUGGCAAAAUUGCAUAAAUGUAAGUUUGAACAUGACUGUUAAUUUUAUUGAUGAAGUGUAUACUGAUUGGGAUUUUCAACUAACAAAGUUUAGUGCAAAAAUUCAUGAUGCUAUUGCCAAAAUUUACAGGAGUCAGAGUGUGAAUAAAACUUUUAAUGUUGUUAUACAUUCUAUAAAAAAUCGGCCAUAGUUAGUUUGGAGAUUUUCAUCUUUUUUAUUGCAAAGGCAUGCUUAACAGACCUGAUUUGUUAUUUCUACAAAUGAGUGGUUAAGACAUCUAGAUCAAGAAAUUAUUGCGUAAUAUAUUGUACUAAAAUCUAUUAAUAUUAUUAGUAAACUUUGUUAAAAUUAUAAAGAUAUGUAUUUAUUUUUAUUUUAAAUUCAGUGGUUUUUGUUGGGUACUUA